UAUGGUGUUGGGCUGUUGGCGUUCAGUGUAGGCAAUCUGUAUGUGCUGUGCUGUGCUGUGCUGUGCUGUAUGUGACUUCCCCUAACACAACAACACAACUCACCCUUCAUCUUUGGGUGAAGUAAACGAGGUUUCUCUCUUCCAUCAUUUUCAGGGACUCCCUACUUCUACUUUGCCCCCUAAAUUCCCACCCUCUUUCCUUCUUUGACGUCACCUUCCACAGCUGGGAGAUGCUCCACUUUCUCAAGGAUUAUUUGUUAAUUGAAUCCUGAGUGUAAUUGAAAUGGAUGGUGAUAUAUUUGGAGAACUAGGUAAUACAAGUCAAGUAGAUAGCAGAGUUAUGCAGGUAUUUCAGAAGAGCUUAUUGCAAGCCCAAGAUAUUUUGAAUCAGAACCGGGUGCUGAUCAAUGAGAUAAACCAAAAUCAUGAGUCCAAGAUGCCUGAUAAUCUGAGUCGAAAUGUGGGUUUGAUUAAGGAGCUCAAUAGCAACAUCAGAAGGGUGGUUGAUCUCUAUGCUGAUAUCUCUAGUUCUUUUACCAAGUCCCAGGAAGCUUCAUCUGAAGGGGACUCCAGUGGGACUCUGAAGUCUGAUGGAAAAGUCAAUCAGAAGAGAAUUAGAUCCGGCUAAUAAACUGAAUCCAAUGUUCACACGAAUCACUGCAAUCAAGAAGUGUAUUAUGAUCUUGGAAAGAAUUUGUUUGGUGAGACUGUAUAACUCCUCCAAAAUUUUAUUUGUGCUCAGUCUUCCAUAUUGGUUUUAUGCCUACAGGGAAUAGAGCUCUAGUUAAUCUUCUAAUCUGUUCAAAUAGCAUCAAUUUGACUUUGAGGACUACAGAAUUGUGAUUUCCUGUAACUCUUUAGCAUCAUGAAAUGAAUUAUGUUCAUGGACCAA